AUGCGCUUGAUCUUGGUUACUGCGGCCCUUUUCGCCGGAUGUAUUGGAGCCCCCAUGGGCUCUGAUAUUGGCGCCAGAACCACGACCCUGAACCCGAAUGGCGACGCGGCUCCUAAUAAUGGCGUGAACAAUGUUAGCUUUUUGAACUGCGUAAGACGCCCCGAAGAAUCAAAAGACCACUCACCAUCCAAUUCAGAGUUGACUUGGUUACAGAAGAACAGACGCGCCGGUAUUCCGAACAAGGGCAACGUGGACCCCGUGAACGACGGCGAGGUGACCAACAACAUCUCGUUCCUCCGUCUUUGUUAG